UUUUCUGGGUUAGGGAAUACUAUAAAUAACGUUACUCUAGUUCAAAUUCUGGCCUUAUUUUUCAAAGAUCUCUGAAUUUUGAAAAAAAAAAUUUGAAACUGGUCCACACAGUCUAGUCUAAAAUGAAGUGGGUUAGCUUGAUCUUGAAUAUUGGAUUCCUGUCUAAUGGUCUUGUUUAUUUUUCUUGUACAAGGAAGAGAAAGGAAAAAUGUCAGGAUCUCAGUCAGGAGGCAAUGUGAUGACGAGUCGGGAACCGUUCAACUCGGGUCUUCAGAAGAGUGUGGCACAGUCACAGCCGGUGAUGCAGAACAUGCGUUUAUCGUUUAGUUCUGACAGGACAGCUGUGUACAAACCAGUGAAUCCGCCGUCACCUACCUACCCGGCGGAUGUCGGUGGGGUGACGUCAUCUCCAGUGCAAGGAAUGAAUAUGAACAUGGGAGGAGGGAAUGAGUCCAUGAAGAAGAAGAGAGGGAGGCCUAGAAAGUAUGGGUCAGAUGGCGCAAUGGCAUCCGCCUUCGUGCCCUCACCCACAUCUGCCUCCACUAAUCAAUCAGGUGGCGGAGGCUUCUCUUCUCCGCCAGGAGGAUCAGCUUCACCGAAUUCUUUGAAGAAAGCUAAAGGCAGACCGGCUGGUUCUCGCAAGAAAGAUCAGUUUGAGACUCUUGGAUCAGCCGGGCCUGGAUUUACGCCUCAUAUUAUCACUGUGAAAGCUGGAGAGGACGUGUCAUCGAUGAUAAUGUCAUUUUCUCAACAUGGUCCUAGAGAUAUCUGUAUCCUCUCAGCAAAUGGAGCCAUAUCAAAUGUGACUCUCCGUCAACCAGCAACAUCUGGUAGAACUGCAACUUAUGAGGGGAGAUUUGAGAUUCUUUCACUUUCUGGUUCGUUUUUACUAUCUGGAAAUGGUGGUCAGCAGAGUAGAACUGGAGGACUUAGUGUCGCAUUAUCUGACCCAGAUGGCCGUGUUUUAGGUGGUGGAGUGGCUGGUCUACUAACUGCUGCAUCCCCUGUUCAGGUGGUUGUGGCGAGUUUCAUUGCUGAAGGUCGCAAGGAAUCAAAACCAUCUGACCAUAUGGAACCUCUGUCUGCCCCUUCAAACAUUAUUGCAGGUGGUGGGUCAGCAGGAGCUAGCAGCCCACCCUCACGAGGGACUCUGAGUGAAUCAUCCGGUGGACCUGGGAGCCCGCUUAAUCAGAGUACAGGGGCCUGCAAUAACAAUCACCCUCAAGGUUUGGCCACAAGCAUGCCAUGGAAGUAAAACCUUUGUAACUGAAAUGCUAGUUUGUGUAGUAGGCAUGGGCUCUGGUGUUGUAUACCAUUUAGUGUAGGCAUUAAAGAGACCUAUUUCUAAGUUAAGCGAUGUGCAAGUUCAGUAGAAUAAGACUGUCAAAUGUUUUCUGGGUUUGACUUUGAUGCUGACUGGAAACUGGAAAGUGGGAGUUAUGUAGCUUUUAGAGGUGGGCUUUGGCUUUUGAGGUGGCUGUUGUUUGCAGGAUAGAGAGGUUUUUAGAAGGUUUCAGAACAGUAUGACUUUUUUUGGUUCAUUGUUGUUGUUUGUCCUUAAUUUUGUGUACUGGAAUAAAAAAUGCCCCUUUUUAUCUCCA